AGUUGGCAAGACACUCUGGUCAUGAUCUAACUGGCUUAAUGAAGCCUCCUUGUUGGCAUGACCAGUAAAGCCAGAAGGGAGAACAUUUAAGAGAGAACUUCGUCGGCUCAGAGUCCAGGGUCUGUGCAACCACCCGGGAACGGUCAGAACAUAAAAAGGAACCUGGAGGAGAAGUCCGGAAGCAGUGACCAUGGGGACUCACACAGUGCUGGGCUCCGAAGCUCCUGUCCCACUUCUGAAGAUGCUGCCAGCCUGGAUCCAUGCUUCCUGUCCCCAGAAGUGACAGAGCCGAGCAAAUGCCCACAGGAAGCCAGAGGCCCAGAAGGUUCUCCACUGCUCUGGCCACCAGUGCCCUGGGAGUUUGAGUGCCCCCCAGCCUCCACGCCCAUUGCCGAGGGCCCCCCGGAAGGUUGCCUGCCAAGCCCCGGAGCAGCACCUGAAGACUGGCCCCUAAUUCAACACCCCAGGAAGGAACCUUCCCCAAAUGCCCAUGGGGAUGUCCCAACAGUGUUUGUCCCUGAAGGGGACGGUUCUACUCAGUGCAAUGUGGGUGCCAUCGUCCCCAGUGCCCAGGGCAGAGGGAGAGAUCUGAAGGAAGAGGGACGUAAAUUAUCUUCCUCCGGGAGCACUGACCAGUUGCCAGCAAUUUCACCAGCACUUCCUCAAGAGCUGAUGAAGGGACAGCUUUGUGGAGAAGAUGGCCAGCCUGGCAGCUCCGAGUCCCAAGGGAAAGAGGUCGCAGGUGGCCUUCCCCUCGCAGAGUCCAGGCAGGGGGCGGCUUCCGUACCAGCGGCCCCGAAGGCCCCAGCUGCAGCUCAACCAGACGGGGAGAGCUCAGCUGGCCUGGAAGAGCCCCCCACAAAGCCCGAGACCCCGACUCCACAAGAUCCGGCGCCCAGAGCCUCAGACAGAGAAACCUGCCAAGUGGAGGCACUGCCUCAGGCUUUAGCUGAUGACUCGGGACUCCUCGGGGCCUGCCGUCCCACUGGGAACAACUCAGGGGCUGCCCCAGAGGCUGGCACCAAUUCCUGGGAAAGCUGCCAGCAGCAAAAGGGAGCACAUCUGGAGCACCCGGAGCUGCCCUGGGAUUCACCGAGUCCUGUGCUGGCGCCCGGGCCCGGGGGCUCUCGGAAGGAGACCGUGGAUGCCAGCGGGGCUCGGGGACACUUGGAGACAGCGGGGCAGGGAGGCGAUCCCAGUACAGCUGUCUGUGCUGCUGCAGGCAACCGACCCGCAGGGGCUUCGCUUGUGAGCGCCGAGCCUUCCCCACAGGCCCCGACGGAGGAUGCACAUCCACCUUCAGUCUCCGCUUUGCAGCCCGCUGCCGGGGCCUCGGCUGCCGCAGGAGAGCCCGGCUGGUCGACCAGAGAGAUGGUUUCCGGGGCUGCGAUGCCAGUUCUAACAGAUCUGGCCGAAGGGCUGGCAGACGCAGCGUUGACGGGACGGGAGAAGCACACAUCAGAUCUCAGAAAUGAGGGAGAAGGUCUAGAAGGGAGCCCUGGAGAGGGUCCUGACCCUGUGCCCCCGGAGGACAGGGGAGAGCUCUCAACGAGGGACCAUGAAGUCCAACAAGGGGUACCGCCCCCCGCCCCACCCAGUGCAUCAGUUGAAAGUGCCAGAAAGUCACUGGGGCCAAAGGAUGAAGCCAUGACCCCUGAAAGCCCAGCAGUGGCUGAGGAGGAGAGCAGACCACCUGGGGCCAACUCUAGGGGACAGGAAGAAGUCACACAGCCACUGGACGAUAGAGAUCUUGAGAACCCACGGGGAGAGCAACCCGGGGCCUUCCGCCGCAAGCCCGACCCAGAGGUAGAAAGAGACGAGGUUUCAAAGCUAAGCCGUGACGUGGAGAGCAGAGCGCAUUCCGGCACGGACUCAGCACAGCCCCUCAAGAAGGAGGGUCCUGGGCACCCCGACAGGCCUGGCUCUCCAUCAAAAGAUGCAGCUAGGAGCUCGGCGGCCUGUGGGAUGAUGGGAGAAGCCCGCGCGGUCCGUGCCUCUGGCUCCCUGCGCAAGCUCCCUGAGAAGGAUCUCCUCCUGCCCCCUGGGCCGGACGGAACUGGUGAACACAUUCUUCCCGAAGAAGCCGUCUGGGAGGGGCCAGGGUUGCAGACCCAGUGUCCCGACACCCUUCAGGACGUGGGGGGGUUGGAAAGAAUGGACUAUCUUCCUGCUUUAGAAUCUGAGAAAUCAGAUUUCCUGUCAGCUCCUGCUGCAGAGGUCAACCCCAAAGCCCAGGAGGCGGAGAGCACUUCGGAGACAAAGAUGAGGAGCCCCCCAUCUGCGCCGAGGCCCAGCAGCUGUGACGGGGAGGCUUUGCUGACAUCCCCGGGCCAGCCUUGUGGGCUGGGGCGUGAGGCAGCUGGUCAGGAAGUCCAUGCCGAUGGGCCACCCCCCGAGGGGGAGAAUUUGGCAGUGGACUCUGGGCUCGCGAUGCUCAGCCUGGAGCAAGGUCGGCAGGGAGAGCCGCCCUGCCUGGGGGACCCCCGGAUGCAAGGAGCUGCUUCUGAGGGGCCCUCGGUAUCUUCUGAGACCCCUCUCCAGCCCUUGCAAUCAGACCCAGAAGCAUCCAUCUUUGACAUGCUCAGGGAGAAGCCCCAGCACGGUGAACGUGAGAAGGAGACUUACCCAGGGGGUCUAGGUUUUAGGAACGUGGGCUCAGAGGCUCCUCAAAUACCUGCGGGGCCUCUGGAGGAUGCGUGCUUGCCUCCGAAUGGAACAGAGGAGCAGGCUUCCGGAUCAGAGCUUCAACGUGCGCUCCCCAAAGACGGUCUGUGCGAUGCUCCAAGUUCAGCCCCCAGGGACACGGUUCCAGAAAGUCCUGCGACCGAGCAGCCAGAGUCAUCAGCACCAACGGGACUGAUGCUAGGGCAGGGUGAGCAAGAGGAAGCAUGCGGUGGCAGUCUGCCCGCCGGGGACUCGCCUCCUGCGGCAGACACCUUGAAGGAUUCCCCUCCUGCGGGCCUCUUGAGCGGAAGGGAGAAUUGCUGUGCCGAGCAGGGGCUGAACAAGUCCCAGCAGGAGCCGGCGGGUGUGUUGAAAGCCAGCAGUCAGCAUGAAGAAGCAUGUCUCAGUGAUGCAGGAGCUUCAGAAGCCGCGGACGCUCAGCCCCCGCUCCGGGGGUUGGGUGAGACGGAGCAGGCAAGUGGGAACACAGCGGGGACCCCACCUUGUUGGCCUGACUCAGUAGCUCUCCUGGAUGCAGCUCGCGGGCCGCCGGCCGCCCUUGGCGUCACACCCACCCGGGAUGCCCCGGACAGAGAGGCGAAUGGUGAAACCCGGGCGGGCAGGCAGCAACCAGCGCCGGCCCCACCGAAGGGAAUGGAGCUCCCCAUAACCUCGGAUGCAGAGGCCCAACGGCUUCUUGGAAGGUUCCCCGCGGCUCAGGAUCAAGGUGCUGAUGGUGGGGCUGCUGAGGCCGGUGGGCAGGCUGAGGAGGGAGACCUGGGGGUCCAGCGGGCUCUGGAGGGGCCAGCGGAAGCUGCUGUGUGGGGCGGCUGCCUUCAGACUGAGCAGCGCGCCUCCCCUGGGAAGGAAGCCUCUACCUUUGCCCUCGGUGAGCCCUGCCGAGCAGAACAGCUUUCGGCCAGCUCCCGGGAUGCCUUGCUCGCAGCCAGAGAGCUGGGUGCCAUUCCCGGGAGCAAGGUGGAUAUUUCUGCAGCCCAGGCUGUCCGCAGCCCAAAGAAACCCCUGCCACCGGGGCCACCAGAAGAGGCUGUGCCCGGCACUCCCUACCUGGAUAUUGAUGGUACUGCUGGGAAGGGGGCAGAACCUUGUGCCGUAGAAGAGUCUCCACUUGCCUUGGAGGAUGCUACCCCCAGGAAGAUUUCUGCCGGCUUGCUGGCCUCGCUCUCACAACCAGGAGCGGGUGGCGAAAUCUCUGUGGUGCAAGCCGGCAGCGGAAGCCCCAAAGCCGGAAACUUUGAGGGACCUGCGGGCUCCGUCCCCUACCUGGACAGGAUGCCGCUUCUGACUGAGAGUAAGCAGGUGACAGGGGAGGAGGGGGCAAGAGCGCCCGGCGCAGGCACCAAGCCCGGGGAGAUGCCAGCACGCCCUGCCAGUGAGGGAAGCGUGGCAGGUGAUGCAAGGGAGACAGAGGACAGCAGGGAGAGGAUGGUAGAACCUUCCAAGGAUCCAAGGAGGGGCGCGUCAGGUGGCGUGGACGCAAGCUCCAGGCAGACCGGCAUGAUCGCUGGGCUCCCUGACUUCAGGGAGCACAUCACCAAGAUCUUUGAGAAGUCUGUGCUCAGAGCCUUGACCGCCGAUCGGCCCCAGAGUGCAGCGGGAGAAAAGGCAGGAGCCCAGGGGAGUGUGCGGGGUGAGGACCUCGCAGGGCCACACCCAGAGAGGCCUCCAGACGGGACUCAAGGAGCGGUCAUCGCCCCUCUCCCCGCCCUUCCUGCUGGACUCGGGGUGGGCACAAGGGAAAAGAAACAAGAGCUGCCUACGGAGGCUGAGGUCUCCUGCCUGGUCCCCCAGGACCCCGCUCCAGGAAAGCUGCGGGGUCUGGAGGCACCAGCCGCAGAGCAGAACCUGUCCGGUGCCAGCGUGGGGAAGGAAAUGGCUGGUGUCCCACAGAUGGUGGAGGACAGUGAGAAGCCAGAGGGGGCUGGGGAGGCUGAGCCGGGGCUUGGGGGCCAGGCCCACUCACAGCAGGGGGGCGCCCAGAGGGAAUUAGCUUCUGGUCUCUCCUCUCCGGGAGCCGUACCGCACACGCCUGUGGAAAAGGCUGCUGACUUCCAGGUGGUUCCCCAGAGCCACGGAGGAGGGGCCUCAGCUCCAGACGACAGAAUUCCUCCUGGAGUGUACCACCAGGAAGCGGCCACCGGCGACAGUCAGCCCGGAGAGGAUGACGGCGCCUGGGGCUUUGCUCACACAGGGGGUCCAAGUGGCAUGCCCGUGUUCACCUGUGCCCUGGGAGCGUCUUCUCCCCGUGGGGAGAUUGUAGCCGAGGCCAUCGGCACACCCUGGCCCCCCGACGCGCUUGGGGGUGGUGCCAGGAUCUCAGAAACGCAAAAUGCCCCAGAGCCACAGGCUGGAGAAGCAUCAGCCACUCCCCUGGAGCCCAGCACGGUGGCAGGAGCUGCUGGGGAAGCAGAGGGUGACGUCACUCUGAGCACAGCACGUCACUCUGAGACCAGGGCACGUGUGUCUGGUGACCCGCCCGAGACAGGUGCUCCAAGGAUGCUCUCGGGUGCUGCUCCUGGGCCAGCGCUGCCAGGAACCGGCGGGGCCCCGGGCUGCUCUGUUGGGGCCCCGGGCACGGAGGACAGCCCGGACAGCCCGUCUGUGCACCAGCAGGCUGAGGGGUGGCCGGGCCCUGAGCCCCCCAUCCCUGCUGGGGGCGGGAAGCUACAAGUCUCCUCACCUCCAGAGCCUGAGGGACCUCGGGACCCGCAGCUGCAAAACCAGGCCCCGGGAGCGCUCCACGCUGAAAGAAAGAGCCCCAGGCCCGAUCCAUCCACCUUACUUUCAGUUCCCGAGAAGGAGGCUCCAAACGUCCCGGGCAACGUCGUUUCAGACGAGGCCAGAAGUGUGGGAGGAGCAGAAAGGUCAGUAAAAAGGUAUCAGCCUUUGGAGAACCAAGAGGCCUUGCUUUGGCAGACACAUUGGGUGUUUUGCAGGGGAGAGAUCUGCUGACACACGAGUCCUUAUAUAAGAAAGAAGCAAACAGCCUUUCCCAUUCUUUAUACAGGUGAAACAGUGCCCAAGAUGACUGAGGGCUGCAUUGUUAUGAACAGGAUGGAGUGAAUUUCACAUCUGAGUUUAGUACCUUAAAAAC